GUGAGCUUUCGUCUCGGUUAGAGAAUUCCACAUAUAUAUUUUUUUUGUAAACGCAACCAGUAAUUAAUUUUCCCGAGCAGAACCAAAAGUUCUAUCCAAAAACGUAGAAACAAAAUUCCCAUCAUUCAUCAUUAUUUCAAUGUUGUGCAAUAGUGAUGUGUCAGAUAAACAAUUGAUUUAAAACAUCAUAACAAAAAUACUGAGGAUUGAAUCGAGGAUGGAAGUGGUGGGGGUAAUGUCAUCGUUGGUGUCUUCGUGCUACUACUCUCUUUUACACCAAAAAUCCUCACCUGGAAUGUAAAAAUGAGGGGUGCAGCAGUAUCAUGACCACUCACUCUGGCCACACUUGUGGAUGAGGCCGAGCCACCUUGGAUCGGUGAGUGAUGUCUGAGAGCGACGGAGAACAGGCGGCUAGGUCUAUGGCCUUGGAGCAGGCUUAUGUUCACGAGGUUUAUGAACAAUGUGCUGAGAAGACCGCACAGAGCAAACACUGGCCACGGAUCUACAAAUUUCUUGAGGAACUCGAGCCUGGGGCACUCGUCUGUGAUAUAGGCUGUGGAAAUGGGAAGUACCUCAGCGUCAACAACAACAUCUUCAAAAUCGGUGGUGAUAGAUGCAAGCGUUUAACCGACAUAGCCAGAGAGAAGGAAAACGAGGUCCUAAUAUGCGACAAUCUCUCGUUGCCAUUCCGAGACGAGAGUUUCGACGCAGUUCUCUCAAUAGCUGUUGUCCACCACUUUGCAACGACAGAGAGACGUGUAAAUGCCCUCAAAGAACUGGCCCGAGUCCUCAGAAUCGGUGGCAAACUCGUGAUAUCAGUAUGGGCGAUGGAACAGCGUCACCGGAAAUUCGAGUCGCAGGAUGUCCUGGUGCCAUGGCCCAAAGCCUACUGCCUGAACUCAUCGUGCCACUGUGGGGUGUCUGGUGUCCCCUGUUCAAACCGGACACGCAGGGAUAAUCCACCCAAGUGUAUGCUGCGAUCGAAUAAAAGAUCAACGGAUGGCCAGAAAUGCAGGAGUAGAAGUUAUUGGAUCGAUCCAAUAUUCAGCCCCUCACCAUCCACUAGCAGUUUAUCCAGUCCCAAUGAAACGUGUUACAGCUUCUUUCGUCGUGCUCUUCAGAAACUGGCCGGAGGCAAGAGAGGUUCUGGCAGCCGUCCUUGGUUUCUAGAGAGUUUCCAAAACGCAGGCUGUAAAAACCGUCACCACAACUUCGAGUCCGACGAGUGUGCAGACGCCGACGACAUCCCCAUUGAGCUACGUCGUCUCGAAGACGAGAAUCCCACCAUCACCAAGCCAACAGACACCCUGAGCAUGAAGUCAAAGAGCCUAGGCGAUAUCCUCGAGAUCCAGCGUCUCGAUCUCGUCAGAUCGCGAUCAAGUAUCCCAGGAUUAUGCUCGACAGUGACAUCAGAACUCAAUCUAGACGAGCAAUCAGCGACACCACCACUCGCCUCGUACAAGCCACGAUUAGUCAAACAAAAGACCCACCUGAUGGACGAUACGUGUCUGGAGGUCCCUGAGAACACUGCCAUUCAAGAACUUGUCAAGGAUCUUCCAGAAUUGCCAUCGAAUCAACCCUCAGCACUCUCCUCGAAGCGCCCCAACGUCCACAAGCAGAGUUCAAUGAACGAGGAAUUGAUGUCAAUGGAGCGACUGAUGGAGCGUGAACGUGUGCGUGGUAACAUAAUGAAACAAGCAUCACUGAACGAAGAAAUAAUCUGCAAGCAUCCCACCCUCGAGCACUUCCGGGACUCUCUGUCAUCCAACGCAGCUAGUCGACGAUUCCAACUCCUGAAAAGUGGCCUUACGAGUCGUCUGAAGCAGUCAACAACGAGCAUGGAAAAGGUGACGACCUUGUCCAUAAAGAAUGGCUUCGUCAAAAUGCUGCAGAGCUGGAAAUCAUCAGAGUCGAAUCCUGAGGAGUCCGAGACGAAUGCCGAGGCCAUGAAGAACAAAUUGAACGAGAAGAAUGUCCAGCCUGUCCCCACCGUAAAAAAAGAACCCGACACAAUCGAGAGGCGAUUGUCGAAGGAAGACGGCUCUGACUCCUCAAAAGACAGCAGUUUACAGAGCGACACGAGUGUUGACUCAGAGGACAGCUUCGCCUCCGUCAUAUACGUGCCAAAGCAGGAGGCACCACCCUUGAUCGACGUCAUGGGAACGACUCCCUGUGGCUACCAGUUGAGAGCAACUUCAGCCCCCCCAUCACCCAGAGUGAAACAUCCUCCAGACCUCCACGGUCCCAGGUUCAAACUCAUUUCAAGAUCUCCCCUGUUGAAACAAUUUCCAGCAACGAGCAAAUCCUUACCUCCACCCAGUCCCCCAGGAUUAUCUCCGAGGACCGUGAAUUCUGUGAACUCAAGGCCAUUUUUUGGAUCGAAUUAUCAGAACAAUCCACUUUCCUACAGUUUUGAUAAGGCCUCGAUGAGCAAGUCAGAAUGUCCUCAGGUAUCUGGGGAUGUCAAGAGUGAGAGUAUCUCAGUUCUCCCCAGUUUAGAUAAAUUUUUAACAAAAGAUAAAGAUUGCACUUCAGUUUUUAUUGAAAAGGCCGAGGCUGCUGGGAGUGAAAAGUGUUCGAGAAUUCCGAAAAUCGAGGUGAAUGAAGGAAAAACUAUUGAGAAUGAAGUGCCUGUUGUUGAAAAGUUGGAGGUGGAGGGUAAGAAGAGGACAGAAGCAUUGGAGAUACAGGCUAAGAGUGCUCAGAGUGAUGAGGCUGUUCUAAGCAAAACGCCGAGUCUGUCUGUGCUGAGGGGAUAUCGAUCAAUGACGACGACGGUUGAUCAGAACGAUGCCACCACCAUCGGGGACUCAACGCCACUCUUGGUGGACAGCGGAGAGGCGCCUGAACACUCGAGCAACGAGUCCAUCAACGACGAUGACAGUAGAAAGUUCAGGCUGAAUCAGAUCAAAGAGUUACUCAAGCAGAAACCUGGCUUUGCUACUAGGUGUACGAAACCGGCGUUUCCACUGGUGAGACGUGCAUCAACUGCUACUUCUGGAAGGCUCGAGUCCGUUGCCAGGACAUUGCCCAGGCUACUGUCACUUGAGUUAUUCAAUCCGGAGACUGAUGAUCUCGAUAGCGACUCGAGUGGGGUUUCCUCACCGGAAUCUGUGGGAUCGGUUAUUAGUGUCAUUUCUGAUGAGAGGUUCAUUCUUAAGAAUGAAUCAUUAAAGGCCAAGGAAUCCGAGACCCCGAAGGAGUCGACAAUAUCCACUUCAGAGCCAUCGCCCCCAACAGAGGAGAGGACGAGCCCCCAAACAACGGAAAUCUCCUCCUCAUCAUCCCAAUCCCUGCGCCUUCUCGAGGCAGCUGCCAACGUAGCGAGUUCCCUGGAGGACGCAGUGGGUCGAGUGAUCGGUUUGCACUCCGAGGACUCCCACGAGGCAGCCAGUCCCUCCACCCUGAAAUCCCUCACCCAGACAAAGGUCGAGCACGUCAGAAACCAUCUCCAAGAGACCGGAAAGCUAUCCCCAGAGGACAACACGUGGAACGAGGAGUGCCGAAGGCACCUGAUCGAUUUUACCGAGAAAUUAUCCGAGAACCUGAUCCACGACAUUGACCAGUACUGUCAAAAGACACGUUUAGAAAUCACCAACGAUUUGGAUUCAGUGAAAACCAGUAAUAUCGAGAUAACGAGAAGGAGUUCAGCCACAAACGCUUACACCUCGAUCCCCUCAAUCCCCACGUACAGGAAGGACUCAUCCUCGAAAUUACCUAGUCUGACUAACUGCAAGUACAGCGAGUUGGUGGACAAUACGAUAGCCUGGCUGAGGGGUUCAACAGGCGACACAGACUUCUCUGAAUACGACAAUAAGCUGAGUCCCAUCGACUCAACCCCGGAAAAAACCCAAGAGUCACUUCCACUGUGUCGAAGCACCUCCGAGGACACCAUGGACUUCGUAAUGGUAUCAAAUACAGGUGAAGUCGAAGAGACCACGACUAACAUCACGAACAAUACCUUCGUGAGCUCUGGAAUAGCACAAUCUGAGGAGCAAUCCAAGGGGGACAAGUCUUACAUGAGGUUCGGGGGAUCUGUAGAGUCCAGUGACAUUGGAGACUCGAUCGAGAACACAGUGAGUCUCAGUGAUGAUUCCACCGCCACCAGGAGGUUCUGCUGUGGCUCGACGGCCUCUCUGACGUCAAAUGUGGGGUACAAGAGCCCCAAGGACAGGAGAAAGUAUCAGUAUGCCAAACGAUCAGCCUCGGAGGAAAUACCUGGGGAGAGGUAUGAGGCCCCCAGGUCUGCUAAUCUCUCUGGGUCGUCCUCGCAGGAGUCUCUACCUUCUGAUCGCGGGGGUGGGGCUAUCACUUACCAUCAGUACUACCACGUCUUCAGGGAAGGUGAACUCGAUGCUCUUAUCAAUAAAUACGUUGAGAAUCUUCACAUUAUAUCUUCGUACUACGAUCAUGCUAGCUGGUGUAUUGUUGCUGAAAAAGUUCAGGUCUGGACUAUUUGACUCUUGGAUUCGUUUCGCCGGUUAUAUGAAUUUUUUUAUUCUGUAAAAAUAGAGUUCGUCGAGGGUCCCGUGAGGAAUUCAGUGGUGAUGUGGUGAAAUGGAAUGGGAUGAGAUGAAGCAAUUUUUUAAAAGUUGAAUAUCGAUUUGUCUUGGUGAUGAGUUAAUUCAGAACAAGAUUUAAAGCCCAGGUGGAUUAUCUUCCGAAUGUUAUCUUGAUUGUUUUCAGCUAUCUUCAUAAUCUAAAACAUAUCACAAUUUCCAUUGGAUUUUACAUCACACAGGAGUCCCGAAAAAUUAUCAUUGUACAAACAAAAAAAGUAGAAAAAAACUGAACAUUUUUAAAGAGUGUUUUUGAUAAAGAUUAUGAAAUAAGUCGGAUAGAGGGGAAAUAGUGAAUGGAUAAUUUAUCAUGAUAACUAACAAUCUGACAGCCAUUGAGUACUGUGGCAAAUGACGACUUAACAGCCAUUAGAUAGAUCAAAUUACUAAUUUGCAAUUUCCUCCCGAUUGGGUUUAUUUUCCAAUAUUA